CCGGUGACAGGAGGUGGGCCCAAUAACCCUCGUCCCUGGUCGGGCGCUUUCCAAAGUGGUAAUCAAACGAGCGGUGGCUUGAAGAAGUGAGGUGUCGGUGUGAGCAGAGUGCCAGGCCGGUGAAUCGCACAGGAACCCGUCUAGGGGCCGUGAGAUGCCGCAGCGCCGGAACAUCGGCGUCGACACUCGGCUGUAGGCAAUUUCUUGCGAAGAUCUUGGUCUGAUCAAUGUGGAAAUGAUAGUUUUUCUCCUAUUGGGAGCACUUAAGCACCACAUAUUAAGUUUGGAGCCCUUUUUUCCUAGAUGAUGUCUCCUGCUCAGGCAAUUGUUGAGGUCAAGGAAGAAAAUAACCAUGAGUUUUUUAACACGUCUGAUGUAAAGGCAACCAGAAUACAUGAAAAAAUGUCAACUGUUCUUGGGACAAAUCAAGAGCUUUCUGAUUUAGAUAAGGACGUUGUGGAUUCAGAGAAGGCACUGGAUUGUGAUUGUAAUUUGAAUGGUGUUGGUGAUGAAGUGAUUGAUAUUCUUGAAAAUGCUGAUACUGGCAUGAGACUCUCUCCAACUGAGGGGACAACAGAAUGUUCUAGUUCCUUCUCAAAUACUGGCUCAAGUGGUGAAAGUUCUAUUAUGAAUUCUGGUGAUGCCGAAGUAGAAUCACAAUACCAUUGUGACAGCGAUGUGUCAAGGUUGUUCAUGAGCAGAAAAAAGACACUGACAGCCGAUUGGAAGAAGUAUCGUCGUCCUCUCAUGUGGAGGUGCCAUUGGUUAGAAUUGCGGAUGAAGGAGCUUCAAUCUCAAACAUCAAAAUAUGAUAGAUUGCUUUUGGAAAUAGGACAUGGAAAGCAAUUGAAAUAUACCCAUGAUACUUUAGGUAGUUCUGCUGCCAGGGUCGUUCCCUUUUCCAGCCAGUGUUUUGAAACAAGGAUUAAGAAGAGAAGGAAAAGAAAACGAGUAGAGGAUAUGGUUGAUGUACAAUCACACAUGUCAGCACACCCAUUAUUCUCUUAUUAUGAAAAGAAGAAGAAGGUUGACACUGAUGGCAUUGAGGAUGAUUGCAGUAGUGUCCCAGUUGUUAUUGAAGAACCUAAUAACAGCACAGAGGAUUUUGGUAUUAAUUCUGAUUGGACAUCCAUUGAGUGGAAGGACAGUGAGAGUUUCCUUGAAAAAGUUCUUUGGAAAAUUGAAGGCUUGCAAUCUCACGUCCUGAAGCUGAAAAACCAGCUGAAUAAGUUGAUCUUGAAAAGUGCAGCAAAGGCAUUGGUGGAGAAUUCAAGCCAUUGUGUAGCGGUAGAACCUGUAACAAGUUCCAUGAACCUACCCCUCUCACCUGCUCAUGACGAAGCAAAGUUGGUGGAAGGACUUUAUGCACCUUGUCAGCAGCUGUCUGAAUAUGAAGCGGGGAACUUGUUCAUUCCAGGUAGUGCUGUCUCAAGUUUUGCAGACCAUGCAAUGCUUGAUAUUGAUGACACAGGGAAGUGCCUGUUUUCUCUGGCGGACAUGCCACUUGAUCAGGCUCCGAUGGGUGAUUCUUGUGAAGAUAUAUUUGAGGAAGUCCUCAUUGACAACCAAGCCGCAGAGGAAGGUCUUCAAAAUUACGAGGUCUGUCAGCCUGUUGAAAAGACUUGUCACAGUCAGGCGGAAAAUGGGAGGAACGGUCUUGCUCCAGCUGUUUCAGUCCAACCUUAUGAGAGAAAGGUAGAAGAAGAAAGUGAUGGUACUUUAGCUCCAACCCCAGAAUCAUCUGUCUUGAAAUUAUGCUUGCUAUCUGAUGUGCAUGUGCCAAAGAACAAGAGGAACCGAGUGGGACGUAGAGUUCCUUCCAGUGUCCGGAAUUCUGAGAACUCGGUAUCAGGUACUGAUCAAGAUAACUAGCAAGUUAGGUCUUCCCUUAAAAUGGGUUGCCAGUGAAAAUCUAGUUUGUCUACGAGCAUGAAUUUCUCUGGAAAUCUUUGAGAGAAAGCCUUUGAUCCCGUCGGAGACAGUUUACAUUCGGGGCUGCUUUUAUGCUCUUGUGCUAAAUGGAAAAAAUAAUGUCAAGGGUCCUCUGACAAAAUAAAUGAGAAAUGAAAAAGGACGAACUUUGUACUUCGUCUUCUAUACAAAUUAGCUAUAAGCAGAAAUGUUUGCAGUUCCGGAGAAAGAGUUGCAUCUUGGGAACUGCCAUAUGUUGUUAGGCAAGAGCCUCUGUUUCUCGACUGCCUUUCCCCUCAGAUGCCCGGAGCUGGUUUUUUCUGCAUCUGAGCAAGAUGAUUCUGUAGAACAAAUGGGUCUGUUGUUUGUAUAAAAAAUUAUUAAUGCGUA